CCGCUCAUACUCUCGUUUAAAAGCUCUCGAAUCUUGGGUGGUCAUGUCCUCAUCAGUUUCCCGCAUUCUCUGAUUCUCGCCAACCGUCCUCGUUCUCUGAAGCACCAGUGUCUCACCUCGGUCAAAACAUAUAAUGGACGAAGCCCGUCUCGAAGCUCCUCAGCCGUAUCAUCCCUCGAGCGACAAUGCAUACGCACCAACUCAGUUUGCUCCUAUGCCAAGCUAUGAGAUGGUAUCGGCUACAGGUCAAGAUACGGCAUUUAUCCCUCCCCGAUACGAUGCCGCCGACGACGCUACCACGGUUACUUCCCGGGAGAUCACACGCACACCCAGCCCUACGCCUAGCGAGGCUAAGGCGAUGAAGUCAAAGGGGUUCCUCUACGACUCUGUCAUGCAGGCGGUCCAUUGCAAGACCUGGCGGGACUUCAUCCCCAUCGUCAUCCUCAUAUUCAUCCUCUCGCUCGUCAUCCUUAUGGGCGUCUUCCAGUCCCAGAUUAUCACUGUGCUGGUAGGUCCUGCGCUGUGGAUUCACGCCCUGCCUGCGGGGUGGCUUAUUCCCAUUGCCGUUAUGAUUGUCCUGUCGUUCCCUCCGUUGUUCGGUCACGAAUUUAUUGCGAUGAUGUGCGGCCUCGUUUGGGGCCCGUGGAUUGGAUUCGCCAUCGUUGCCGCCGGCACCAUCCUUGGAGAGGUUAUACUCUUUUUCGUCGCCCGGUACGGACUGCGCAAGUACAUGGACAAGAAGACGCAGGAGAUACGUUUCCAGGCAAUGGGCAGGGUCGUUGAGCAGGAAGGCUUCAAAGCCAUCCUCGCCGCGCGGUACAGCGUCAUCCCGUCGCACUUCACCACCCUCGUGUUCGCUGCAUUCCGUGUCCCAUUCUGGAAGGUGCUCGUCUCGAUUAUCCUGUCGCUGCCGACGCAGUUGGCAAACGUCUGGAUCGGGUACGACCUGAGUGACGCGGCCAGCGGGACGAAUGGCACGCGUCUCAAGAUCAUCACGUACGUCGUGCUCGGCGUCACCAUUGCUGUGACGAUGUUCGCGAUGCACUAUUUGCGGGCCAAGAUACAGAAGGCGACCGUCGAAGUCGUGCAUCAGCGCCGCAAGGCCAGGCAAGCAAAAUUGGACGGCUUCCCGAGCGCGUUCUCUUCGAGUCAGUUGUACGAGUCGCCGGAAAGCACCGAGUGUAUUGUACCGUCCGGUCAACGUGAUGCAUCGGACCGAGUGUGAAUGAUGAUGACAGAGGCAUGACUAGGGCAUGGCAAGGGCAGUGGUUUAUUUGAAGGACUGUUUGUGUAGCUGUAGCAUAAAUGUGCAUUCGACUUGGACUCUUGAUACCUUACAUUAGCAUUGAACUCGUUGUAAAC